ACGUAGCAAAAGUGAAAGCAAAGUUAAUAAAAGUACUUAGCUUUGGAUAAAAAAUGGAAUUUAAAAAGAAAAAAAAAAUUAAUUUUCUUUAUGCAUAUUUCAAAAUUUGGUUUUUUAUAAUGGUUAUUUUAACUUGUGAAACAUUUGAUUUACUCAAUGAUCAUAGAGAAAGUUUGUUAACUGAAAAUAACAUAGUUACAAUGUUGUCAUUAUUGGAAAAAACAUAUAUAGUUUCAUUUAAACUUAAGCCAACAUCGUUUUUUUACGGACAUACAAAUGUCAUUCAUUUUACUACGGAAUAUGACUUUGGAGAAUAUGGAUCUAGAACUCCUGCUAUAUUUUUCACUAAUGAUGGUUCAGGAAGAUUAUAUAUUUGUUCAGCAAUUAAUAGUUCUAUCAGUCUUAGCGCUCUCUUUAUUUCCAAACCUUUACCGCUAAAUUUAUGGUCAAGUAUACGAUUAUCGCAGUUUCAAAUAAAGGGAGUGUACACAUUUGUUGUGUUUAUAAAUGGAAUAAAUGUUUAUACCACAAAUAAUCAAAGUCCGCAAUCUUUUCAAAACGUUAAAGUGUAUGCCUCAGACCCGUGGUAUAAGGUCCAAGAUGGUUUCAUUAAAGAUCUCAGAAUUAAAAAUGGAAACCAGGGCUGUUGUGCGGAAAGAAAUUGUUCGUGGAAAUUGUGAAAAGAUUUUUAUUAAAACAAAUAAAAAAUUGCAGGACGGUAACACUAAAUUUACUCUACGAACUCUAUAGAUAAUACUUAUAUGUUAAAUUAAUAUA